GUUUGGUUACGCGCUGGGGAAGCACGGCCCUUUGGCCCCUGGCGUCAGAACGAAGGCUUAGGGUAGACAGAAACGUGGGUGGCGCAGAUCGGGGCGGGCCGGGCACCGCUCCGAGGCGGGAGGGCGGCGGCGCGUCGGUCCGAGCCGCGCCCUCGAUCCCGGAGCCCUAGGCUGCUCGCCCAACAUGGCGGCCCCCGCAGCGCGCAGUGCGAGCCUCUCGGGCCUGCUGCCCGCGCAAACCUCGCUCGAGUACGCCCUGCUGGACGCCGUCACCCAGCAGGAGAAGGACGACCUGAUCUACCAGUAUCUGCAGAAGGUGGACGGCUGGGAGCAGGACCUAGCGGUGCCCGAGUUUCCGGAAGGGUUAGAGUGGCUGAACACAGAAGAGCCUCUCUCCAUUCACAAGGACCUGUGUGGGAAAGUGGUUGUCCUCGAUUUCUUCACGUAUUGCUGCAUUAACUGUAUCCACGUGCUGCCUGAUCUCCACGCCCUGGAACGCAGGUUCUCUGAUACAGAUGGUCUUCUGAUUGUUGGUGUUCACUCAGCUAAGUUUCCAAAUGAAAAAGUCUCAGACAAUAUCAAGAGUGCUAUCCUACGAUACGACAUCACCCACCCUGUGGUUAACGACGCAGACGCCAGCCUCUGGCAGGAGCUUGAAGUCUCCUGCUGGCCAACACUGGUCAUACUGGGACCUCGUGGAAACAUGCUGUUUUCUUUGAUUGGAGAGGGACAUAAAGAUAAACUAUUUUCAUAUACUUCUAUCGCUUUAAAGUAUUACAAAGACAGGGGACAGAUCAGAGAUGGAAAAGUUGGAAUAAAACUCUUUAAAGAGUCUCUGCCGCCUUCACCACUGCUGUUCCCUGGCAAAGUAGCCUCAGACCAUGCUACAGGUAGACUGGUGGUCGCAGACACUGGGCACCAUCGAAUCUUGGUCAUUCACAAAAAUGGACAGAUUCAAUAUAGCAUUGGAGGACCUAAUCCUGGAAGAAAAGACGGAAUGUUUUCAGAGUCAUCUUUUAAUUCUCCACAGGGUGUAGCUAUCGUGAAUAAUGCCAUCUAUGUGGCCGAUACUGAAAACCACCUUAUAAGAAAGAUCGACCUAGACGCUGAGAAGGUGAGCACUGUAGCUGGCAUUGGCAUUCAAGGGACAGAUACAGAGGGGGGAGAGAGAGGAGAGAAGCAGCCCAUCAGCUCCCCUUGGGAUGUCGUGGUCGGAACCUCAGGUUCAGAGGUCCAAAGAAAUAACAUCCUGUGGAUAGCCAUGGCUGGGACUCAUCAAAUAUGGGCGCUCCUCCUGGACUCUGGCUCCCUACCAAAGAGAGGUGAGCUAGAGAAAGGAACCUGCCUGCGUGUUGCUGGGAGCGGCAAUGAAGAGAACCGUAAUAAUGCAUAUCCUCACAAGGCGGGGUUUGCCCAACCUUCAGGUCUCGCUCUAGCCUCAGAAGAUCCCUGGAGCUGCCUCUUUGUGGCGGAUAGUGAGAGCAGUACAGUGAGAACCAUCUCACUCAAAGAUGGAGCCGUGAAGCACCUCGUAGGAGGAGAACGAGAUCCCAUGAAUUUAUUUGCUUUUGGUGAUAUUGAUGGAGUAGGCAUCAAUGUGAAGCUUCAGCAUCCGCUCGGGGUUGCAUGGGACGCGAAGAGGAAUCUGCUCUAUGUGGCAGACUCCUAUAAUCAUAAGAUUAAAGUUGUGGAUCCAAAAACAAAAGUCUGCUCAACGCUAGCAGGGACCGGAGAUGUAAAUGAUGCAGCUUCCAGUUUUGCAGAGUCAGCUUUUAAUGAGCCUGGAGGCUUGUGUGUCGGUGAGAGUGGUCGGCUGUUAUAUGUAGCGGACACUAAUAAUCACCAAAUCAAAGUGAUGGAUCUGGAAGCAGAAACAGUCUCUGUGCUUCCUAUCUUCAAGCCUGACAGUGCCAUGGUGGAUGGCCCCUUCCCCAGAGAGAAACAGAAGACAGUACCCAAAGUGCCCAAGUCUGCCCCAAACAUCCAACUCGCCCCUGUGACUGUGUGUCCUGGCCAGACUCUGCAGCUGAAGCUCAAGUUGGACCUUCCCCCAGGAACAAAGCUGACAGAAGGUGUGCCCAGCUGCUGGUUCCUGACUGCUGAAGGCAAUGAGUGGCUUCUUCAGGAGCAGGCCCCAUCUGGAGACAUAGAGAGUAUUUCCAGUCAACCCACAAUUGCCCUGCGGAUUCCUACCGAUUGCUUGUCACUUGAAGCUGUGCUGUCCGUCAGCGUGUUUCUCUACUACUGCAGUGCAGACAGCAGUGCUUGUAUGAUGAAGGGGAUCUUGUUCAGGCAGCCUUUGCAGAUAACCGAUACCCAGCCAGGCUGUGGAGCUCCUGUAGAGCUCACACAUGUAUUCUAGGAGUCAGCCCCAUCCAUCCUCCACCUGCCGUUUAGGAAAAAAGCAUUAAAAGUCCAUUGCUUAGUUGUAACAACCGAUCCCAAAUUAAAGUUUCUCUCCUUAUUAACAUUUUAAUUCUAAACAAAUGGCUUCAUUUGAGCUGUGUACUAGCCAAGUCAUCGGGCAUCGUGUAAACCACUGUAGCAUUAGCUUUGCUGCUCUUGCCACGAGGCUGCAGUCCAUGCCAUAGUAGAGAAUACUGUGUUGUGCAGUUACUUCUAAUAGCACUGGGUGUUUUAAAUAACCUCUCUGCCCUCAUCGGUGGCGGUCAUAGUCACGGGACAGACCUAAGCCGUGCGCCUUUAUUGAGUCACCUCCACUUAGUGACUCUGGUCUGUCUGAAGCCAGAACAAAAGCUGUGCUCAGUAGACCCCAGAGAGUACAAGAGGGCUGCUUACUAUCUCUUCCGUGUUUUCUCAGCUGAGGUAUUUGUAAAAGAGAGUUUUAAUCUAUUUUUAUUAUAAAUUAUUUGUUUUAACAUGCCAUUAUUAAUGCCUUAUAACUUUAUACAGAAAAAAGAAAAUUCCUGAGAGCAUGCAGACCUCUUCUUAUAUGCCUAGCAGACAAUGCCUAGAUAACCAGAGACGUGCUGACCCUUGAGGUGGGAUUCAGGCCAUAUUCCUUCGCAUGAUAGCUUAUUGUGAUGGUGUAACUUGAUAUAAGUAUUAUAUUGUUUGGGGAAUUUACAUUUCAGUUUUAAGAGUUAAAUACAGAUUUAUUGGGUUUGGGAUUUUUGUUACUAUUUUGGUUCCCAUAUUUAGAAUUUAAAUUAUGAUCAUUACUUCUGAUAUUUUGAAAAAAUCACAUGUAAACCUUUAAAUUGAUGUGAUCCGUGUAAAGUAUUUCAGUGCAGCUGACGGGUAUAAUCACCCUUUCGUGCUGUGAUUUAAAGUGUUGGUGCUGAAGCAGCGGUUUGCUCGCACUGCCUUCGUGUUUGAGUUCUUUAGCCCCGGAAGAGACAUGACUGAGACCGAAUACGGGGAGUGAUUCUCAUUGUCGCUGUCAUUGUCAUAGAACAUCAUCAUAAUGGUUUAAAAGCCCAUUUGUUUUUUAAAACUAACCUGGCAUCUAUUUUAUUUAUUCAGAUUAUAAGAUUUCAGAAGCAUCUAUAAAUUCAAUAAGUAUCUGUACACAGUCUGGCAUAGCAUGCCCUCCUUUUUCCCCAAAAGAACUAGAUAUGAAGUGUAAUUAUUUAAGUAUCAUUCUACACAUAUAUUGGUUGAUUUUUGAAGUAGUUUUCACGGGUAAAAUUUGCUUGUUUUAUUAUUGAGUUAGCUAAAAGUUCUCUGGAGUAAGAACAUAUAGAAUCUGCAGAAGCUGCUCUUUGAGAGAAAUGCAGAUGGAAAGGGGCAGAGAUCUUGGUCAGAGCUGCACACGAUUGCCCGGGAGACCUUUGCAGCAGAGCGGCUACAGCAAAGGGUCUGUAACUACGUCUGUAGCCCAUGGGCUGUGGACUGCACCCUCCUGUGGACUGCCUCUUUGUUGGGUUUGUUGUGUUUCUCUUUUCCAGUUGGGCAGGAUGAGAAUAGUUUGGCUCAACUGUUCCUGAUUGAGGACAUAAACAGCAUCACUCUCUAGAACAGAGUAUAUACGGUUUAACUAAUGUAGAAAUAAGGGUUACACAGUUUUCACUCUAAAAAUACAAGUGUGUAUUCUGUAGUUUCUAUACCUUAAAAAUUCCCCAAAUCCUCUUUAGAAUUCCUUGGUUUUCUUUUGUCUGGGCAGAAUGUUAGUUUAGUGCUCAGUGGUUCCCUGGUCUUCCGAAUGCACAGUUUACACAGUUUGACUCCUCAGCCUCACCCUGCCUCUCUACGCUCCUGUUGACGCUACAGUGUUAUCAGUAGUAGAUUAGUGUAGGUUUAGAAAACUCACACUGAACAGUGCACAUAGCUUCCUAGACUCAUGGGUGACAUAAUAUCACAUAAGGAAACACUGGAAAGUUUAAAAACUUGAGGACCUGCAGCAGCCUUCUGUUUUCUCUGUUGAGCUGUUUGUCUUACAGCCUGUCUGCUCUGGGGCUCCUGCUGCCGAGAUAAGGAUGUUGGCCUACUUUUUGCAAGGUUGGGAAUUUGGGGAGCAUAAUGAGAAUGUGUGACUACAAUUUUGCCACAGAUUCAGAACUGACUGCUCGUUCUUGUCUAUCAGCUGAAGAGACUUGAGCUUACCUGCUGCCAUCGGCAGGACAGUGUUGUGACUCAGUGGGAGAAUGUUUCUUUGCCAUGUGUAGAGACCCUGGGUUCAAUUGUCAGAGGGAGAAAAAAAUCAUGGAGAGUGAAGUUUUGUAGUGGACAAUAACAAAAAUAUUUGCAGGAAGGCUGCAUCAUUAAUGCUCAUAAAUGAGCAAACUCUUGGUGUUUAUUUUCAUUCUGCUUCUCUAUCUUUCAAUGAUCAGCACUUUAGAAAGAUCUAAUAUCUUUAAAGAUAAAUCUGAAUAGAAAGCACUAAUGUAAUAGCUUUUCUAAAGCCACUUCCAUUACCAAAGAUGGGAUCUAGUUUAGAGUUUUUUCAUUUACCAGUUUCCUUUAAAGUCAGUUGGUGAGGAAGGAGUAGUCGUGGUGUUUCUGUGGUGUGGCACAGUGUGGUGGCCAGAGCGUGGACUCUGUGGCAGUCUAACCCUGUAAAGCAGGGCUGCCCGGGCUCGCUGCCAGGAUUCAGUGAAAUGUUCACACGGCAUUUAGCACGGAAUAAUUUAUGAACUGCUACUUAUCAGUUUGGUUACUAAUAAUGACAAUAAUUUAUGGCCGCAGACACGUGCUUGACAUUUUUUUCACAACUCCAGCUUCUAAAGCAAAAUAUUUCUUCCCCAUCUGACAUGUUAGUAUACCCGGUAGAAUCUGGGCUCAAGAAGAAAAAGGGCACUUAGUGGUGGGUGUGUUACUCUUUCACCACCUUGUGUUCAUAAAGAAGGACCCCCAUAGUGAAGGGUUUAAAAAGAUCUUCUGGGACUUUAACCAGUGAAUCCAUUCCAUAGAGAAUCCAGACAUAGCUGGAAACCUCACCACACUCUUAUAGUUUGUACAAGCAUCCUGAGAUUGUAACCAGAAUGUCCCGGGAGGGUACUGUCUCUCCCUGGGAUGCUGUUCUCCGGAUCUUCAAAGUGCUUUCACAUUGAUUUCCUGGGGUGGGCUUCAGUACAACAUACAGACUAGAUAGGUGUGAGCCAUGUAGAGACGGGUGCUGCUUUGGUAUGGUGGUAGCCCAUCCGCAGGUCAGGAAGCUCCUAUGAUAGAGUCCAGGGCCUAGAACAGGGCCGAGUAUGUGGGCGUGAGUGGGUGUGAUGAGUGUCCUUGAUGGCUGUGUGACUAGUGAGCAGCAGGACUGACUGGGGCUCUCACAGAUGGGGAGUGGAGGAGUAAUUCUGCGCCCACCGCCUCAGGCUUUCAAGACGGGGCAGGGGAGUCACAGCCAUUGAGUUCUUGCCAUCUGCUGGUGCUUCCCCGAGUGCUUUGUGUUGACUGUGUGUCCUCAGCACAGCCUCGCAGUGGAGGACGGGUAAACCCCAAUCAGACGCUGAGGAAGUGGCAGAGCCUGGACAGUUGUCUGCCCGCUGCCUGCCGUGUUGUCUCUUAGACAUGCAUGGUUCACAUAUUUCGUGCCUUUAUGUAGUAACUUAUCAAUCUGGAGAAUUCCAGGAGCCCUAGGAGUGAUUGUUUUUGAAAUUCAAAUAAUGCCAUUUAAAUUACGUAGCUUUAACUAAACUCUUAACUGCCUGGGCCUUGGAAUAGUGUAUAUAUAAUUGUUAUUUCCCAGAGGAUUUUUCUGUGCCCCGAUUCCAGCCAUUAUCCUUAGUUCUUCUCAGCAGGUGUGUGUACAGAAAUAGCAGUCAGGACUGUCCGAGUGACCUCAUCCCAAAGAACAGGGCUGGUGCGGUCCUGAGAAGUGAGGUGUAGAAGUGUGAAGUCCUCUGCCUUCCUCCAUCCUUAAUGGUCCUGUGCGGGCGGACAUUCUGGUGAUUCAGAAGUUGUUCCUGAUGUCAGCUUAGCACUGCAAGCCAGUGCUGCUUCCUGACGGGCAUCCCAGGGUGGAGUUAAGUGACAUGGUAGUGAGGUAGGCUGUGUGCAGUGAGCAUGCUCUGCCUGUGUCGCGAGGGUCAUUCCUGGUGUCCGUGCCUGACUGUCCUGGUCACUUACCUUAAGGUAGACACAGUGCCACUCACCAGUUGCUUUUCCCACCUGUGUCCCAUAGCCUGAAUGAAGAAUUGGCACUCACCAAGCCGCUGGUCUCACCCUGACCUUAGUGAAGUGUGCUUUGCUCCGUUUCUGUGCAGCAGGGCAAUAGAAAGAAUGGGAUUUGAGCCACAUGGCAUUCUAUGGCUAAUAAACCUCGGCUCCUGCAUAUGCUGACUUGUGGCAGAGACUGGCGCUCAGCUCUCAGAUGGCUGUAAGAGAGAGCACAUGGGCUGGGAGACGAAUAGGACGAGCUCUCCUGCAGGUUCUCCUGGUGCAGCUUUGGUUUAAUCAUUGUCAGAGGUGAGAGGUAAAAAGCUCAAACCCUAGACACUUGUGGAAUGCGUGCUUGGGUGUAGUUACUCAUUCUUGGUGUGUGCUCUCCUCCCCUGGCACGUCACUCGUGUGCCUGUGGACACUGCUGUUGACAGCCUUCUCACCCAAGGAAAGGGCUGCCAGCAUUUUCAAGAGCACUUCCCCCGUGUGCACGUCAGCUUUAGGUUAGAAGUGAACACUAAGCCAGCAGCCCUGUGCCACAAGUGUUCUGUCUGCCCUGCCUAAGAAAUGGACUUGAGCAAAACUGCUUUUAAAUAAUCUGAAACUUAGUCUGAAGUGUAGACAAGCCGUUGGUACUCUUGGGAUGCUUAAUUACAGCUUUCCACUUGAAAACAAGGGUCAAGAUCCUCUGAGAUAUGGGCAGUUCAAAGGGAAUUGUUAUUCUGUACCUAGUUUCAUGAGAAAAUAAGUUGAGAUAAAUAAACCCUAAGGGGGAAAAAACACAAGUCCCUAACAUAGCCACUGAAUCAUCCUUUCUUUUAAAAAUUAGUUAUCUUUCUUUUUAGUCCCACCAGGAACAUGAAUGGUUUUUGUUUGCAUAGAGUUGGAAUGUCUUGUUGAUGCAUGCCUGUGAUGUCAUCAUUGCCGUUUACCUGCAGAAACCUAAGCCAGAACCCCUCUUGAAGUCCUUGACUUCUCCCUCAGGAGUAGCUGGAGCUUCUGGAGCCUUUGAGGAGCCAGCGUUCCACAAAGCUGUGAAUGGGGAAAUGUUGUUGUGAUGGUUAUUUUUCUAGAAUCUCUAGUAAUGUCUUAUUUUUCAAAGGCAGGGGUCCAGGACCCUGUGUGACUCAAGUAAAGCAUCCUAAUUGUACAUGGGCGGAUGGUGCAGUUUUCAGUCCCUGUGUAGGAGUGCGUGGAGAGCCAGGGCAGACACUGUUACUGUUAGUACUUCAUGCUUGCUGUGUAAUCAAGAUGUCCGUCUGUCUAUCUGUCCUGUAAGGAAUGUUUCCUAGACAUGUCACAUUAGAGACUUCCCCCUCUUGGGUGGCUCCAUUUUGUAGUUUCAUGUGUGAGACUAGAGGUGGUCUGCCGUGUGACUUCAUGCCUUAACAGUGCAAGUUCAGAUACUGCUAUUCUAGACAUGCUUUGGUCUAAAAGAAUUUACCUGCUGUGCAUUUUUUAAGUGUUUAAUAGAGAUUGAUUAAUAUAUUUUUAUGCAACUGUAUUUUACAUUUCUUUGUAGACCAAACUCUUGAGUGAAUUUUAAAGUAUGUGGUUAGAUGGAAUGAGAGCUUGGUGGCCUUCAUCAACUCAAAAGAAAUGCGGUUCUUGGGGUCCUGGGAAGUGGGAGUAUUCUACUGUACAUGGAAACCUAAACCUCUUUUACAAAGCUUUGUACUUUUUUUCAUGAAAUAAAUUAAAUAUUUUCUCUCUAAA